GGGACGAGACGAGUAGGGUUAGCUAGCUAGCGUGACAGUACAGUGACCUAGUGGACCAAACAGGCCACUAUCGUUUUUUCUUUUAAUUUAUAUUUUAUAUUUAAUAUUUAAAUUUUGUUUUGGCAUGACUUGACCAGGGUACCCUAUGAGCCUCUUUUAUUUUCUUUUGUCUUCCAAACCCUUUCUCUCUCUUUGAUGCAAUUAUGCCUGUGGAGCUCAUGAUGGGUUAUAGGAACGAUGGUUUCGCCGAAGAGAAUGCGGUUCGAGAAGCCGCGUCAGGGCUAGAGAGCGUGGAGAAGCUCAUCAGGUUGCUGUCACACGCUCAGCUGCAACAACAACACCAACAACUUCAACAACAAUCGCACGCGACCAAUUCAAAGUCUUCCAUGGAAAUUGAAUCCGAUUACGGAGCUGUCGCUGACGUGGCGGUUUCCAAGUUCAAGAAGGUCAUUUCGCUUCUGGGCCGAACCAGAACCGGUCACGCGCGUUUCAGAAGAGCCCCUGUGCCUCCUCCACCUCCUUCCGAACCCAGAUUCUACCGCGCAACGCCGCUGCAGCAGAUCCCGCCGCCCACCGAACACCCUUUCAUCCCAAAAAAUGGUCCGAUUGAGACAAAGGACUCUUCCAAGACCAUCAACUUCUCUUAUUCUAAUUCCUUCGUCUCCUCCCUCACCGGCGACACCGACACCAAACAGCCCUCUUCCUCGUCGCCUGCGGCCGCAACGCCUUUUCAGAUCACGAAUCUCUCUCAGGUCUCCUCCGCCGGAAAGCCUCCUAUUUCUUCGUCUUCGUUGAAGAGGAAGUGCAGCUCUGAUAAUUUGGGUUCUGCCAAGUGUGGCAGUUCCUCCAGCCGAUGCCAUUGCUCAAAGAAGAGAAAAAUGAGGAUGAAGAGGGUGGUGAGGGUACCCGCAAUAAGUUUGAAGAUGGCUGAUAUUCCACCGGAUGAUUAUUCUUGGAGGAAAUACGGACAGAAACCGAUUAAAGGAUCUCCUCAUCCAAGGGGCUAUUACAAGUGCAGCAGUGUUAGAGGGUGUCCAGCGCGCAAGCAUGUAGAGAGGGCUCUGGAUGACCCUUCUAUGUUGGUAGUAACCUACGAAGGUGAACACAAUCACACACUCUCUGCAGUCGAAGCUACUACUAAUCUUAUCCUAGAAUCUUCUUAGAUGAUUAAUUAAUCACCGAUUUCCCAUCACAGAGCAUAUUCUGAUCAUGCCAUUCAUGGCUUGUACACUUGAAAAUUUUACUCUCGAAGGAGAUUAAUUAAUUGAUGGGUGGGUGUUCCUUCCA